GGAAGCAAGGAAAGUAUCACGAUUCAUAAGCUGUAACCACACUUAGCAAACGACGCUUAAUAAGGCAGACCGAGGUCUCACCGAGACUCCUCAAAGCUGUGAUCAUGUGACUAGUCCCGUGAUGUCGGUGCGCUUAGAGUUCGCGACAAGGCUAGGUCUCCCAGUGGAGCCAAAUCCAGGCAUUCUGGCUGCAGCUCAGCGUGUCCAUUGUCGAAACACUCCAGAGCACCCGCGCGCGUCGCACUGCUUCCACUCAAUUGACGCGGCUGAUUACAUCGCUCUCAUCGCGGCUUUCCCGAGUCGAGGCAGACUUUCUCGGCUCUCGUGACGAACGCUUCCGAGCUCGGAUUUGCCAAGUCCACUUGACUCUCGUCGCGCAUUCUCGCGACAGCCUCGAUUUUUUGGCUACCUUUGGAUAUCGUGACUAUUAGUUGUUGUUGUUUUAGAAGAAAAAAAAAAUAUGGCGCCAGGCACUCGACGCGCGAACCGCAGCGGAUAUGCUGAACACGACGACUUCGAAGGCCUUCCUGUGCGCCAAUGGCGCCACGAGUGGGUGAAUGUUGAGCCACCCGCGCCCGUUGAAACGACACAAAAGAACGGUAUCUGGGAUGUCGAGCUCCCCUGGGGCAUGCCGAAAGACGUGGGCCUCCUACCCCAACACAGUCAGGAUUUGCUGCGCGCGGCGAGGUCGGGCGCCCUCUACAAGAGACCUGCGCCUGCCGAGGAGGAGGAGACCGACGCGGACGCCCUGGCGGAGAAGCCGGAGAAGAAGGAGGACGAUGCCAGCACCAAGGGCUUCCAGAUCAAGGUGUGGAAGCAGAUCAACCGCAACUCGGAGGGCUCUCCUGUCUCCCACCUGGCGAAGCGGAGAAAAGGCACCGUCACGAUUUCGUCCAAGACAGUCAGCAGUCACACGCCUGGCGCGACUGUGACCAAGGCCACUGUGCGGAGGGUGGACGCCGCUGGCAACCCGUACACGCAGGAGAUUACGCUGCAGGAGGGCCAGACGGUUGAGGGGGAGAUCAUCUCAACGACGGUCGUGCCGGUCGCAGCUGUCGACCCCAUGCAAGUGGCUCCCCAGCGCGUGCGACGGCCGCCGCCGCCCAAGAAGAAGAACAAGCCCGGCCCAGGCCGCGGGCGCAAGAAGAAGGUCCUGCCUUUGCCUGCGCCGGCACCUGGAGCACCGGGUGCUGUGGCUGCAGUGGACGGAGCCCCCGUUGCUCCCAAGGUGGAGGGAGCUGAAGGCGCAGAGACACCCGUCAAGCAGGACGGCGAGGACUCGAACAAUCCCGACAGCGAGAUGGCCGACAACGACGACGACGAGGGCGAUGACGACGGCGACGAAGGCGAUGAUGAUGGCGAUGAGGAGCAGCGCGACGGCGACAACACCGACAGCCAAGACCAAGAGAUGACCGACGCCUCUCCUGCCGUGCCCACGCCAGCAGCUGACGCCACGACCGAGCUGGCCGACCCCGAAUCCCCCGUACCGAAGCGGGCCGCGCCUCCCGCAAACCCUAUCAGCCUCCCCCCUCUUCCGGCUAUGCAUCUGGCAAACUCGUCGCCCAAGGGCAGUCCUCUCAAAAAUGUCGUUAUGCCUUCCCCGACAGAGCCAUCACUGGAAUUCUCUCUCAUUUCAGAGGCCUUGGCUCCGAAAGUUGAGCCACAGGCCGAGUCUCAGAGCGAGCCUCAGCAAGAAGAUGCACAAGCAAAUGUUAAAGCAGAUGUGCCCAUGACCGAUGGUUCCGAAACCGUCACAGGAGCCCCCACCGAGCCACUGAACACAGCUGUGCCCGACCAGCUCCCUUCUAUCGAUACCGCAACAGAAGAUGCUCCAGAUGUAUCAUCCCUGCCUCCCGCCGACAAAGUCGGGGACAUUGUGUCGCCGAUGGCAGAGACUAGAUCCACCUUCUCGUUGGCGACCACGGCCGAGACCGAGGCAUCAGGUAUCAGGCUUGAAAGCGGAGAUCAGACGGUGGCCUCGAAUCAGGCAUCUCAAGACGCCAUGGUCUUGGAUGUUCCUGAGGCGUCUGGCGCAUCAAAUGCCGCUGACGUUCCCGAGAUUCCAGAGGUCAUCACGACCUCGGAGGCCGCGCCCGCCGACGAACCACCAGCACCUGCUGUUGAUGAUGUUACGGAAAAGAAGGAGACCGCUCCUCCAGCCCCCCCAGCGAGCGCCGAAGCGGAGCCCAUCGCUCCGGUAGUCGAGGAUAUGCCACUCGCGCCUGAAGAGCCUGCAGAGGCGAUUAAGUCGCCGGCGAAAGCCUCUCCAAAGUCACCCGCAGCCUCCCUGCCAGAGCCGCCAGCUCCCAUUGAGCCCUCUGUGGUGGAGCCGGCCGAUGUUCCGCCCGAAAUUCCAGUGGAAAUUCCCGUCAAAACAUCAGCUGAGAUGGCUGUUGACGCGCCGGCAACACUCCCCGAUGUUCCGGUUGAAGCGCCUGUCGAGGUUCUGGUUGGCGCUGCGGUCGAGACAGCGGUCGAGACCGCGGCAGAGGCGCUAACCGACGCCCCUGCGCAAGCUCCGAUGGAAAUUCCCACCGCCGAACCUGAGGUGACCCAGCCAUCGCUGGUUACAGCCCCCGUGAUGCCCGAGGACGAGGGCCCGGAUCUGCUCGCCGGCUUGGAGACGGAGCUGGACCGCCAAGCGGAGAUGGGCAAGUCCCCGCUUCCCGAGCCCCCCGCGGCUCCGCAUCCGGAACCGGCUGAGCUGCCCGAAAUCGCGAACCCCGUGCCGCUGCCCGAGGUCCCGGCAAUCGAGCCGGAGAAGCCUGAUGACGAGCCGAUGGUGGAACCAAAGGAGGAUCCGACGGAGCAGGCCACGAAUGCACCCGUUGCAACAAGUCCCGAACCCGGACCGGUUUCCGCUCCCGCGCCAACCGAGGCCGCGGACCCGGCGUCAACGGCUGAGGCUCCCGCAAGCACGGUGCCUGACGACGAGGCGGAGAAGAAGAAUGAAGAGACGACGGCCGAUGCACCCGCGCCCGCCGCGGCUGACGCCUAGCUAGAGCAGCCUCUUGGGAGGGGGGUGAGGGGCCUUUAUCGAUGGCUACACUCGUACGGCGGUGUUUGGGGUUGUCAGUGCUUGAAAGCGCAUGGAGUCUAUUAGAGUUUACGUGUAUGGAAUACUGUAGGAUGCAUGAUUCCGCGCAUGGAAUGAAUGUCCGUCAUUGACGGGGUGUUGGUUCACGUUUGGUUGGUCGCUGGUAUCCU